AUGGAUAGUGUCAUUGAUCAUGUACAUUGGACAAAAUCAUCAUUAGCUGUGUUUGCAGACGAAUGGAUUGGAGAUCCAACACCACAAGAAUUCAUUGCAAUUCCUGAAGCAGAAGAAUUCAAUUUCGAUGUGAAUCUAGAAAUACAGCUCAAUCAAAAGGAAAACAAGAAACGCCAAAAGACAGAAUGGAAGCCCAAUCCAAUGGAAGUCUGA